AUGUCUCCCUUUCCUCACCUCGACAAGCGCCAGACACUGCUGGCCGCCGCUCUCGCGCUCCCUCUGCUCUUGCGUCUCCUGCGCACACGCAGGGGGCCCUCGCGCGAACAGGUCCUCCCUCCCAGCUCGGAACGUGUUGUCCUCCUCGGUGCCAGCUCUGGUAUCGGCAAGGAUCUCGCGGUCGCAUAUGCGAAGCGCGGUGCCAAGAUCUGCCUCGUCGCUCGCCGCGCCGAGGUUCUCGAUGAUGUGCGUGACCAGCUUGUUGCUCUGGGCCUCCCCGCCGACCGCGUCCUCUGUGUCCCGGCCGAUAUCACCAAGGUUGAUGACCUGAUCGCCGUCCGCGAGGCCGUUCUGGAGGCGUGGGAGGGCUUUGACACGCUGCACAUUCUCGCGGGCGUGCCGUCGACCCGCACGCUCCUGCAGCUCGCGGGCGUCAACCUCGUGCCCGACCCGACGGACACGUCUGCCAAGCCCCGCCUGAUCCCCACCGCCAUUGACGAGACGGGCAACCUCGCGCCUACAUCGCUGCCGGCCAAGGCGGGGCUGGACGCGCUCGCCAUCGAGGCGCGCGCAUGUGGCGAGAUCAACUACGUCGGCACUGUCCUGGCGCUCGCGACCUUCCUCCCGCUGCUGGCAAGCACGUCGCCGUCGCCGGCCGUGCACCACCUCAGCUCUGUGGCCGCCGCGAUCGCCGCGCCCUCCCGCUGCCUGUACAGCGCGACCAAGGCGGCCGCGUACAUGGCCGUCGAGUCGGCACGCGUCGAGUGCGAGGGCAUGGGCGUGCGCUUCUUCUCGCUCCUGCCCGGCACGAUCGACAACGAGUUCCGCACCAAGACGGCCACGGCGCAGACCGGCGGCAACUGCGAGGUGCACAACGGCGUAAAGUCCCAGUGGGGCGACAAGAUUCUGCUCAAGCCGUCCCAGGUCGUCGACACGGUGCUCACGCACCUCGCCCUGCCGACCGGCAAGUACCCGCUCAUCCCAUACCCGCCCUUCUCGUGGAUCUCGGGCCUGGCGCUCCCUCCCAAGCCCACGUUCUUCCUGCCCUUCAUCUACAAGGCUGCCACGAUCCUCCAGCUCACUCCACUCGGAUACCUCUAUGUGGAGCCCAACGCGCGCAAAAAGUACGGCCUCCGCGCUUAG